AUGGCAGAUCGUACUGUGGAAGACGCAAUUGCAAAGUCCAACGCGACCAUAGUGGACUUUUCAGACAACCUUUGCUGGAACGGAGCUUGCAACGUCGUAGAUCCCUCUGAAUCCCCCUUGAUGUUCAGCUCGAACGAGUUCACGCACGCGUAUGCUGCCACGUAUUUGAAUGUGGUGGAUCAAGUCGGAGCCGACGCCGCAGUCCACGUCGAGUCAGCUGAACUGCCAUUAGACGAAGCGCUCAAUUCCAGCAAGGGGUCGACUGCCAGCUGGACGCCGGAUCUGGGGUACACUCCCCUUACCAAUGCCCCCCCACUACCCCAUUGGACGGCGACGGACGUGGUGCUGAACGUGCGAGUACAACACGAGUACAAGGCGCUGAUGGAGAUGUUCUUGUGGGCUCGCCCCAAGGUGCAACAGUACAUCCACGUAGGUGGGAAAAGCACAGACGAACUGGACGCCCCCCACGCUGCUGCCUCUCGCUGUACCGUGACAAGUGCAACUACCUCCGCCCAAGGGAUAUCAAGUCGUAGCUGGCAGAGUUUCAAGCCGAAGUGGGCAGGGUGCACGACGGUGGAAUUAAGAUGUAUGUGGCCACGAUCAACCCCGUCCAACAUUCAACGGUAA